AUGGGCGGCUUGGCCUCGGAUCGUGGAGGGUCCCCACCGAGGCUGCUCCGACCCCAUGUCCGAAGGGGAGCUCUCUCCAUCCUCGGCGCCUCGUCACGUCGCGUAACAGAACGGCCAGACACAGACAGGCAUUCAAUUGCAAUCUUCCACUUGUGCUACGCUUCCUUCAUUUCCGCGCCCUUCAUCAUGUUUGCGCUACGACGGACCAUGGCCACGAUGGGCCCUCAGGCUUCGAUCCUGAAGCAGGCCGGCAAGGUUGUCUGCAUUGGCCGCAACUACGCUGACCACAUUGCGGAGCUGUCCAGUGCCAAGCCCAAGCAGCCCUUCUUCUUCCUCAAGCCGACGUCGUCGAUGCUGCUCCCUGGCGAGGGCCCCUGCGUGCGCCCCAAGGGCGUCGACAUGCACUUUGAGGUUGAGCUGGCGCUGGUCAUUGGCAAGCUCGUGCGCGACCUGAAGCCCAACGACCUCCAAGGUGCCAUGGACGCCAUCAAGGCGUACGCCGUGGCCAUUGACAUGACGGCGCGCAACACCCAGAACGAGGCCAAGCGCAAGGGCCUCCCCUGGGACAUUGCCAAGGGCUUCGACACGUUCCUGCCGAUGAGCGGCGUCAUCCCCAAGGACGCCAUUGCCGACCCGCACGACGUCGAGCUGUUCCUCGAGGUCAACGGGCAGGUCAGGCAGAAGGGGUCCACCAACCUCAUGAUCUUCCAGAUCCCGCGCAUCCUCAGCGACAUCUCGCGGGUCAUGACGCUGCAGCCCGGCGACGUGGUGCUGACGGGCACGCCAGCGGGCGUCGGCCCCGCGGUCCACGGCGACAAGGUGCGCGCUGGCGUGCGCGUGGCCGGCAAGGAGCUCCUCGAGGGCAAGAUUGAGCUUGCGGUGGAGGACUCGACCCGGGACUACGAGUUUGCCGAGACAUGA